UUCCGCCUUCUAACUUUUCCAUUAUACUUUUGAUACAUCUACCUCUUCGUGAUCUUCUCUAAUCUUCUCCGGUUCUCUGAAUGGUAGGGUGUAGAAACACUCAUUCAGAUUUAGGAGUUGUUCGAAUUCAAGUCGCUUCAUACUUCAAGUUUGUGUUUACGUACACUCUCGUUCAUAAGUAUUAGGAUACCUGCUGGUUAGCUUUAUAUCAAAGAAAAGAUCGAUCGAUCGGAAUUUUGUAUCCGUGAAAGAUCAUGAUCAAUGUGGCGAUAAUUUGAAACCGUACGAGUUGCAGUAAUAUAGCAAAUUAUCGUAACUGGAUGUUGUGUUUGUAUAAUUUUCUAGUCUGAAUACGCUCUAUCUUCGAUGCCUCUACCUUUUCGUGAUCAUCCCUAAUCUUCUCCAGUUCUGAUUUUAUAGACAGUAGAGAGGCUCAUUCAGAUUUAGUGGCGUUAAUUCAAGCCGCUUCAAACUUCAAGUGUUUAUAUAUACUGCCGUUUGUAAGUAUUAGGAUACCUAUUAGUGGAUUAUCAGAAUUUUGUGUUCAGAAAUUUAGUAUCAUGGAAGUAUUGUUAACGAAAAUAUAAUUAGCGAUGUUAAGAAAUAGACAUUAGAGCAUUUCUUAAUCUCGUAGGGAAAUGAGUAUUAAUUCAAAUUGUAAGGGAAAAAGUGACAGAUAAAAAUUUGUUCUAUUUGUUUUAUGAAAAACUAUUUUCAUGAGUUACAAACGAGUGUUAUUGAAUUAUAACAGUUGCAUAUUGAUCUUCAAAAUAUUUUCAUUUAAACACAGAUGAGAAAAAUUGAAAUGAAUUAGAUAAAAGUGUCUGGAAAAUUUAUUCAAAAUAUGAUUCUGAAUAUAAUUGAGUCUUGAAAUCAAGUAACACAAAUAUAGUGGAAAGAUUAAUAGUACGAAUACUUAAAUUGUCUGUAACUAUGUACAUAUAUCAUCCAAUUAAAGCAAUGAUCUAGAAGCACGGUUGAUGUAGAUAGAGAAGAAAUUUUAUUUGAAAAGUUUUCAAGCUAAGACUUCAAACAAGAUAAUAAUUCUAAGAGAUUUUAAUAAUGUACUAACAUUUCCAGUUUAUUUCAACCUUUUUUUACUUCUGAACAGGAAUGUAAGCUAGGUUAAUUUUAUUAAUCUUCUACUGGAUUGUCUCUACAAUUUCUAUUUUGCUUUUUAUUCAUCUUCUCCGCUAUAAAAUCACAAUAUGUACAUUUUCACUCGGUUUUAUAAUGCGUAUAGUAAUCACAAUGUCUAAAAUUAUAGUAGCGACAAUGUUGCUUUUGUUUAACAUUAAUCUUCAUUUUCUAUGUUAAAAAUUCGUGAGCAUGAAAAAUCGUUCCCCUUCUCCUUUUGUCUUCGUCGUUCAUGCUUCGUAGCUGUAAAAGCAUUGUUCCAUUUUUAUUUUGUUUUAUUUCUCAUUCUUUCCACUUCAAAGUUGCAAAAACGCGACAGAAAUUUCAUAUAGUUCCGUUUUUUUUUUUUUUUAAUUCUUUUCACCCGAAGUCGCUAACAUCCACCUUCAUCAGUCAAAUAUACGCAAAAAACCAUACACACGUAUCUUUAUUUACUUACUUUCAAACCAACAUUUUAUAGCGUAAAGGAAUUACUCAACUAAAACGAAAAAUGCAAUUUUCGAGGUUGUUCAGUAUCUUUUGCAAGAAAGUCUAAUUAAAUUACUAUAUCAUAGAUUUUCAUUGACCGUAUAAAUUUUCCGAGUUCAAUUUAAUUAACUUGUUUGAACUUUAUGCUGCAUAAAAGUUUUAUUUAUGAAGUCAAGAAAAUUAAGAAUGUAACUGGUAAUUAAAUUUUCUUUUGCACUACAGGGAUAGACAAUUAAAUUACUGCUUGUACAGACAAAGCUAUAUAUGUAGUUAGAAGGUCCUGAUAAUUACGUAUCACGAAAAUAUAAUUAAAUGUAAUUAAAUAAAGAUAGAAAGUAUAGGAAGAAAAUAUAACAGUUCGCCUUUGCUGUUUAGUUGAUUGAACUUAUUUAGGACAGAUUAUUCUAAAAUAAGCUUGUUAAACUUACAACGUAUAACAAUAUUUUUGAAACGGAUCUAAAUUCGUAAUACAAAUGAAGUCAGGGAGAUUCUAUGAUUCAAAAUAAGACGAAAAUAGAAAUUAAAUUUUGUUGGAGGUUUCAUCUUUUAGAAAAUCGAGAUUGAAUGUUUAUCAAGUGCAUGUAUAUUUGAUCAAUUCCUGAUUGAACAGAAAUGGAUAAUCGACAGAAGAAUGAAAGAAUCACGCUCAGAGGGGAUGAGCAAACGAUUCCAUGGUACCCGCUGUUCAGUAGAGUGUAACUUAUCGACCAAAUAUCGACUUACGGAACUUCAGUUUAUGAACACUUUGUCGGACAUAACGUUGAAGAGCAUUCUCGAAUCAUUAUUUAGAGGCUAGUGCUUGGCGUCGAGUGAAUCUUCAGUUUUAUUUCAACGAAAGUAGUUCAGCCUGCUUGCGCUUUAAAACUUCACCAAUUCUAUCGGCAAAGACUACUUUAUCGAGAUGGAAAAUGCGGAAGUAAUCGAGCAAAACGAUUCGUGGUCGAACGAUUUAAACGAUUCGGAUUUACAUGGCAUUCGAAAGGAAGUAUCGUCUGCAUCGAUUUAUGGAAACGGCUUAGAAUCGCCUAUAUUGGGUAGUUCUUUUCGAGUUCCGGAUAUACCGAAGAGAUAUAUCGAACCGAUAGCUCUUGAUACGUCGCUACCUUACAUUCCAGUUUAUAUGCAUUUGAAAACAUAUGAUUUAAAAUCUAUCGAAAGACCAUCAACACCUCCUAUAUUGACUGAGUUACGAUUGAAAUGUCAAAAUGAUGCUGAAUCGUGCAAAUCCUCUAAAGCUCUACCGUCCUCCAGAAGAAGCAGUAAAGAGAGGUCUUCUAUCUCCUUAAAACCGCGGGAAGCAAAAUGAAUUUGAAAAUGAUAUAUCA